GGCCCUAAGAAAAAAAAACAUAUUUUGAUCGACAAUGACAUUGACAUUUUAUUGUGUCAAACAAAGAUUGUUGAUUUUGUUUCUUUUAGUUUUCGUUAUUAUUUAAUUUUACAAAAUGGGUCAAGAUACUGUUGGGAAACAAACAACCAAGAACAAACGUCCCUGUUAUGUUUGCAAUAAACUAAUAUCUGGAAACUCCUACUGCUUCAGAGCGCAUUUGUAUCAACACAAGCAAGUGCCUCCUCGUUACGACUGCCUGUACUGCAGCAAACAAUAUUUCAGAAAAGAUGUCUACGAAAAACAUUUGGAAGUACACACGGGACGUACAAAAGUCUUCGUGUGUGACUAUUGUGAUCGUAGUUUUGUCGAUAAGAGAAAUCUCAUUUCACAUUUACACAUUCACGAAGACAACAACGUAUAUAUUCGACCACGCUACAAUUGUAGAGCUUGCGGUGCCAAAUAUUGCGAGGAAAGAUUACUCAAAUAUCAUAUAAGGAAAGAGCAUUUCAAUCUCCAACAAAAAGAUGAAUCUAUCAUCAAAAAACCAAUAAACGAAACAUGGGUCGAAAGAGUUUUGGAAUCCAAUGUAUGUGUACAAAUGACAAAGAUCAAUAACAACGUUAUAAGUAUAAAGAAAUGUGGAACAUUCAAGAAGGAAGUGAAACAAGAAGUCGAUGAAAAUGAUAAGUUUAUAACUUAUGUAAACUCCGUAUUUGGAUGUAACGAUAAGUCACAGUAUUCUAAAGCGAUUUGUGAUUAUUGCAAUAAAGAAAUGUUAAAGAAGAGCCUCCCGAACCACAUUAGAGAGCGACAUUUGAAUAUUCGUAAAUUUAUAUGUGAUAUAUGUAAACGGAGCUUUAAUAGACACUAUCAGAUGACGGACCAUCGUUGCGGUAAGAAAGUAAGAAGGAGUUGCAAGGGUACAGCUUUAAAAGCCACAUAAAUCUAUUCUGGAGUAGACAUUUCUAAAUAUUGCCCUUUGAAUAGAAUUAAUAUUACGUAGAUAGUAUUAACAAAUUUUUACAGAGAGAGCUGCUUUUAUUGCAAAUUGAUACAAAAUUGAAGCUUUUGGAU